GAUCGAUAAAUCGGUCGGGUUCGAGUUUAGGAGAUUGACUCGAUCACAAAUCAAGCUAUUAUUUCAGGGGACAUUAAUUCGAAGAAGAUGAACAUGGCACCGAUUUACCACUCUCGGCCUCCUCUUCCGAUAUCAUCGAUGGGGCUUUAAUGGCAGAUUGUAGCUAGCAAUGGUGCUGCAGAGUUCCUUCCAAAUGCUCCUCACAGGGCGCGAGUCGGGAGGAAGACGUUCCGUCACUCACUCCAGAACGUGCAUGCCAGUCAUAGCUAAUCAACUGCCAUCAUGGCGGCAUUGAUCGCUGUGUUGCCGUUGGCACGAACAACGGCAGACGUCACGUAAAAGGAGGCAGAUGCCAUGGAUUGCAUCUGAAAGAAAAGGAGAAAUAAUUGGAGGAGGAACGUGCCAGCCUCAAAGCUCGGAAAGGUUUCGCGGCUUCAAGAACUCCUGCAAGCGAUGCCCUGCCCUUGUCCCUUGUUGCUGCGUCACCCCCGCUCUCCUUUCCGACAGUGGCGUCGAGUCGUCCGGUCACCAUGAAGCUCGGUGCCUUGCUCGAGAUGCCGAACGGGGACAGCCCGGCGAGCUGUCGGGGCGAAGACUGGGCGCGACAAGGGAUGGCUGGUCUAAACAUCGACGCCGAGACAGCUAAGAGGCGGUCGGAAGUGAUUGAAUGGCUGAACGGUUUGUUCCCCGGCCUUAACAUGCCGCUCGAAGCGUCCGAGGAGGAACUCCGAGCUCGGUUGUCCGACGGAGCUCUCUUGUGCGGCAUCAUGAGGAGGUUCAGUCCUGGCUACUCGGAGGAGAUCAGGAAUGAAACUUAUGCAUCGAGGUCCGAAAGCAGAUCGGAAAACAUAAGGAGGUUUAUUUCAGCUGUAGAGCAGAUGGGAUUGCCGGGCUUCAAUGUAUCCGAUCUGGAACAGGGACCUGUCUCUUCGGUAGUAUACUGCCUUUGGUCUCUCAAGGAUCACCUCCUCUCCGACCUUGGGGAGGACAAGGACAUGAACCCACCGGUUAAGAGCGUAGGUGAAGCAAGAAUGAGCUGGAAAGCUCUUGAAACUACAAGGACUGAUCCACUGGGUGCUUUGAGAGGAGAUAGCAUUCUGAAUGGCCAGAACUCUGUUGUCUUAGGAGAGGAGAGAAGACAUAGCUUUCAAGGUUCGAGGUUACAACAUGUGCUGCCAAGUUCGGCCAUGUCAGAGCCAUCAUCUCCACAAUUUCAUCAUGGUGGACACAAAUUCCAUGAGGUUUUCCAAUUGAAACAAGGGCAUUAUUAUGAUCUUCCUCCAGCUAAGCUCUCAGAAACGAUGAAAUCAAAUAGUUUAGAUAAUGCCCCAACUCAAUCUCUUUUGAGUAUUAUAAAUGGCAUUGUCGAUGAAAGCAUCGAGAGCAAAAAUGGAGAAAUACCUCAACGUCUGCCAUGCUGGUUGAGAAAAGUUGUGCAAGAGAUUGAACGACGUAUUUCAACUCAAGCAGAGCACAUAAGAAAUCAAAAUAAUCUCAUUAAAGCACGUGAGGAGAAGUAUCAAUCAAGGAUUAGGGUGCUUGAAACGCUAGCAACUGGUACGAAAGAAGAAACACAGAUAGCUAUGAACCAGCUCCACCUGCUAAAGACAGAAAAGCGAAAAAUUGAAGAGAGAAACAAACUUGGUGAAGAAGAUAUGGCUAGGCUAACAAAGGAAAAGGAAAAAACUGACCAGAUAAUUUCAGAACUUAAGCAGGAGUUGGAAAUAAUAAAAAGAACAUAUGAAGAGCAAUUUCAGCAAAUGGAAACUAAGGCCAAGGAGUAUCAAACAAAGUUGGAGCAAAAGCUAAAAGAUGCUAAAUCUUAUUUGGCAGAAUCACAAAGGAGAAUAGAAGAGUUAGGGACAAUUUCUGAAUCUAAAUUUCAGAAUUGGAAUCAAAGGGAACUUGUUCUUCAGAGUUUUAUAGAUCUUCAACUGCAAUCAGUGCAGGAGUUGAGGUCAUCUUCCAAUUCCAUAAAGCAUGAAGUCAGAAUUACACAAAAGAAAUGGUGUGAAGAAUUUACCAGAUUUGGGAAACAACUGAAAUUACUGACUGAUGCAGCAGAGAAUUAUCAUACCGUCCUUGCAGAAAACAGGAGAUUGUACAAUGAGGUUCAGGAACUAAGAGGAAAUAUUAGAGUUUAUUGCCGAAUAAGACCAUUUCUUCCUGGGGAAAAUGUAAAACAGACUACCACAGAGUAUAUUGGUGACAAUGGUGAGCUUCUUAUUGCAAAUCCCUCCAAACAGGGAAAAGAUGUACAGCGGAUGUUCAAGUUCAAUAAGGUCUUCGGUCCAGCUGCCACUCAAGAGGAAGUCUUCUUGGACAUUCAGCCCCUAGUCCGAUCAGUUCUUGAUGGUUAUAAUGUAUGCAUUUUUGCAUAUGGUCAGACUGGAUCAGGAAAAACGUACACCAUGACUGGACCACACUCGGCAACUGAAAAGGAGUGGGGUGUCAAUUACCGAGCCCUAAAUGAUCUAUUUCAUAUAUCUUGGAAUAGGAGAGAUGCCUACGUAUAUGAAGUGUGUGUCCAGAUGGUUGAAAUAUAUAAUGAACAAGUCCGUGAUCUGCUUGCAAGUGAUGGCACACAAAAGAAACUUGGGAUUUUGAGUAAUUCACUGCCCAAUGGACUUGCUGUCCCUGAUGCAAGUAUGCUUCCUGUUAAAUCAACUUCUGAUGUACUAGAGUUGAUGCAUAUAGGACACAGUAAUAGGGCUGUGGGUGCUACUGCUCUCAAUGAAAGGAGUAGCCGGUCACACAGCAUUGUGACAGUUCAUGUUCGAGGGAUGGAUUUGAAAACUGGAGCUACUUUGCGAGGCUCUCUUCAUCUGGUAGAUCUUGCUGGAAGUGAGAGAGUUGAUCGCUCCGAAGUUACAGGAGAUAGACUUAAGGAAGCACAACAUAUCAACAAAUCUUUGUCUGCUCUUGGAGAUGUUAUAUAUGCUCUAUCACAAAAAAGUGCUCAUGUGCCAUAUAGAAAUAGCAAACUGACUCAAGUGUUGCAAAGUUCUUUAGGUGGACAUGCUAAGACACUUAUGUUUGUACAGAUAAAUCCAGAUAUAGGAUCUUAUUCUGAGACUUCGAGUACCUUAAAAUUUGCUGAAAGGGUAUCUGGAGUGGAGCUGGGUGCUGCAAAGAGUCAAAAAGAAGGGAAAGAUAUAAGAGAUUUGAUGGAACAGAUUGCAUCACUUAAAGAUAUUGUUGCAAGGAAAGAUGAAGAAAUUGAGCAGCUCCAACAGCUAAAAGACAUUAGAUUACGACAUAAUAGUAACUCAUUGAGGCAUUCAUCCUCCUCCCCUUGUGGCAUUUCAUUGCUAGGUGGGACCAUUCAACAAGAACAGAAGUCAUCUAAUGAAAGGGUAGUGGCUAAUGAGAAACUGGGUUCAGAUCAUGAGAACUUCUCAGAGCAGAGUGGUGACCAUUCUGAAUCUGGUUCUCAACUGUCCGCAGAUGACAGAAGGCACCAGAAGGAAAUUUUGGGCCAGUCAAAGCUCAUAAAAGUCAUAGCAGAUCAGAGUUCUGCUGAUCCUGAGCAUUUGGGCAAUGGUGAUGCAGAUUCAGAGGAAUAUCUAUCAGAUGGUGAUCUUUCCAUGGGAACAGAAACAGAUGGUUCAACUGGCAGUCUCGUUGAGUUUAAUGGCCUCUCUGAACAAGUGAAAUCAUUAGAAAUCACCAAAGAGAAACUGCCUAAAAAUCCAACUCCAGCACCUAAGCCACCUUCGCGGAAGACUGGACAAGUCCCAGCAUCCAGAACAAGAUUAAGAGAUACCAUAAAGUCUCCAAGUACAAGUAAAAACACAACUCAAGUAGCAGUGCCUUCAUCCAAGCUUCCAAAACGAUGGCAGUAGGGCAAGUGCUUUUGUCAAUUUUUUAUUUUCUAUUUGUACAAUUUCCUUACAGCAAAAAUCCAAAUAGCUUCACAGUGAUAAGAAGAAGCAAACUUAUGUUAUUUAUAUUAUGGAGUUUGUUGAUUGUUAAGUUGAGGUUAGGUGUUGUGUAAUUUUAUUCUCCAACCUGAAUACAAGAUUUCCCAGAGUAGAUUUGCCUUCA